GAUUACAAGAUUUGUUUACGAAUCAGUUACAUGUAUUUAUGAAAGAUCUUCAACGCUGAGAAUCUCUCCAACAAUAUGACAUCUGUUUGAAAGUAUCAUAAAUGAUAUAGAAGGGAAACUUAGAGUAUGUUCUAAGAAGAGAGAAACACGUUCAAAGUAUCUAUGUAUUCCCUAGUACAUGAUUUGGGGAUAUGCGAUUCGUUUGUGUUGGUAACAUUGAUUUGUCGGCUCUUUGUAAGGGUCAUGGCGUGAUAAAGAGGUCAUGAUCAACCAUAAUUAGACGCAGUUCUCGUCCAAACGGCGAGAGGAAAAGUUUUCGUCACGAUUUGUUGUGACUAUAUUAAUGUAAAAAAAAAAAUGGCGAAGCGAGUUAUACUGAUUCUACAGAUAUUUGUUAUAAUCGCCAUUGUUGAAAAUACCAGGGCAUUUACAAAUAUAUAUCCGAAAUUGAAGAGUUAUCAACUCCGCGACGAUGCCGAUGUGGGUAAUCCACUUUUCUUGACGCCUUUAAUUGAAAGCGGCAAAAUAGACGAUGCCCGGAAUAAAGCCGUUGUACAGCACAAAGAAAUGGACGAUGUCGCCAGUUAUUCUGGCUAUAUCACCGUUAACAAAGAAUACAAUUCGAACAUGUUUUUCUGGUUCUUCCCGGCAGCGCACAACCCGAAAACUGCGCCGGUGGUGUUGUGGUUGCAAGGGGGUCCAGGGGCAACAUCGAUGUUUGGUUUGUUUAUGGAAAAUGGUCCAUUUUUCGUCAAUGCGAACAAAACUCUUGAAAAACGCAAAUACUCUUGGCACGAAUCGCAUAAUUUAUUGUACAUUGAUAACCCAGUUGGUACUGGAUACAGUUUUACUGAGAAUGACAAGGGGUAUGCCACUAAUGAGACACAUGUGGGAAGGGAUGUCCAUACAGUACUGGUCCAGUUCUUCACACUAUUUCCAGAACUUCAAAGCAAUGAUUUCUAUGUAACUGGUGAAUCAUAUGCUGGGAAGUAUGUACCUGCUGUGUCACAUGCUAUCAAAGACUACAAUAUCAAAGCAGAAACCAAAAUAAAUUUGAAGGGUUUGGCAAUUGGGAAUGGGUUGACUGAUCCAGAGAAUCAGUUAGUGUACGGAGAUUAUCUGUAUCAAUUGGGAUUAAUUGAUUCAAAUGGGAGAGAUUUGUUCCAUUCAUACGAGGAGAAGGGAAGAAAUCUAAUUAAACAAAAGAAAUUCAUAGAUGCUUUUAAUCUUUUCGAUACAUUGCUCGAUGGCGACCUCGUUGGUUAUCCGUCAUUAUUUAAAAACUUAACUGGUUUCGAUUUUUACUUCAAUUAUUUGCACGUGAAAGACCCUUCUGAUGCUGUUGCAAUGUCAGAGUGGAUCCAGAGAGCAGAUGUAAGAAAAGCUAUACACGUCGGCAAUUGUACGUUCAAUGUUGAAGAUAAAACGGUAGAGGAACACUUGAAGGGGGAUGUAAUGCAAUCUUUGGCUGUGCUAAUUACCGACUUGACUAAGCACUUCAGAGUCUUAAUAUAUAAUGGUCAGUUGGAUAUAAUAGUCGCGUACCCACUGACUGAAAAUUAUUUACGUAACCUCGAAUGGUCCGGCGCCGAUAAAUAUAAAACGGCGGAGAGAAAGUUAUGGUACGUGGGUAAAGAACUAGCUGGUUACACGAAAACCGUUGACAAUUUAACGGAAGUCCUGGUGCGAAAUGCUGGGCACAUGGUUCCUUCUGAUCAGCCCUUGUGGGCUCUCGAUCUCAUCACUCGCUUUACACAUAAGAAAAGUUUCUAAGAGGCUACACUGCAGUAAUUUUAGAAACACUUGUGAUAACCUUUAUGUAAUGUCUAUGAACAAGCAAUAACAAGUUAACUAUCAAUAAUGAUACGUAGACUUAAUGUAGUACUUAAAGUUACGUCGAUUUAUGUCAGCACGUAUCCGGAGCCCAAACAUGACAUUAUACUCGAUUUUGUAUUUGAUAAAUUAGCAAACGUUUAUUGAUAAUAAAAGUGUAUACAUAAGCGU